ACUCUGGGAUAGCGUGCGGCUUGCGAAAGGGACUUGGGCUGACGGCCCAAACCUUGGAGCGUGGGGAAUCUGGGAAGUGACCUGUAAUACAGGCGGGACAACGACUCCAGCCAUCCCGUACAAAAAGAAAGCGAGGUCCUACCACUUCCGAGUUUCUUCUUCCACCAUUGUACGACAUGGCCGCUGCUGCAGCGCUGCCGGUUGCGACUUCGAGCCCAGAUACAGCCAUGAAUCCCACCACGACAGAACACGACUUUCGUUUCCCGCGAAGGCCAUUCGAGCCCGUCGGUGAACCGGCCGAGUCCACACACCCGAACAAGAGCCCGGACGAGAGGAGUCCUAGCGAUUUGCGCAUACACGAGCUCAACUUGGACUUCACCCAACCUGACGCCCUGCCUAGGUUUGAUUUGCUGCAGCCGUCGAUUUUUCCCGACCUUCAGAACGGCAUGGCUAGCGGCGAUGAGAGGUUAGAGCAGAUGCAGCAGGACGAUCCUCUUGCAACGCAGAUUUGGAGGUUCUAUCGCAAUACGAAGCAAAGUUUACCGAGCCAAGAGCGCAUGGUGAAUCUGACUUGGCGCAUGAUGCACUUGAGCCUCCGGAAAAGAAGACGAGACGAAGAAGACGCUCGUCGUCUCGCUACCACUGCUCAUGAAACGAGCGGCGCAACGGCGAGUAAUACCAAUGCCCCCAGCGGGAUCGCGCAGCUCAGAAAGACAUCGGAUCAGAACCUUCUCCACGCAGACCCUAUGAAUUUGGACGACUUUAUAUUUCCCGAGAACGUCGCGACGCCGGCUAGCUUGGUGGCGACGCCAUCGCCCGACGGGGGCAAGCAAGAGGGGGAGAAGUCGGCUCACACCAAAGCUGCCGCCAUCCCUAUCAAGACUCGCAAGACCGCUUCGCAGCGUUUCGUACCCCAAUCGGUUCCGGUCCCUGCUCAUCAGAGAGCUCAAGACGAAUUUUCCUACGUUACUCGACAUCAUCGAAAAACUAGCAUUGACGACAGACGGACCCGAAAUCUAAAACGCCCUGCUAAUUUCUCUCCUCAUGUUUCUGCUCUGAAUAGCAGUAGCAAUUAUGUCACCAAUGAAAUCGAUGCCGAUUCUGACCUGCACGAAUAUUCUCUAGAUAACAUCCAUGGAAACGUCGGCACCCAAGUAUCCCAUCAUCCUAAUGUUCCCUUUCCCCUCGACACCUUCGGCAUGGAGAACGACCCUAUCAUUACUUCGGCCGGGCCUUUGCAGCACAGCUUUUCAUUCUCGCCGUCCACUUCGCCGAUGGUUCAUCACGGUCCCUUCUCAAAUAUUUUUAAUCAUCACAGCAUUGCUGCAGGCACGGUGAACGGCGCAGAAUACUACUCCCCCCCAGGGUCCGCCUACCAGUCGGCUGUUUCGACGCCACACCCCCUCGCCGAGAAUGAGAGCAUGUUCUUCAGCUCGAUGGAUAUGCGUCAUCGGCCACAAAAUUUCCGUGGGGCUCACGGAUCUAUGAGAAAUCAAAUCGGCCAGCAUUUCGUACACCAGCCUAAUGGUAACUCGAUGUUUCCACCCACUACCACCGGGGCAGAGUCAACUAGCACUUUCUCACAGAGCCUCAAUUUCGGCCAUGUCGACCCGAGUCAGGUCUUCCAGUCCGAUCAUUCUGUCCGCUCGCCCGGAGGUGCCCCGCUGCACGGAGACAUGUUUACUUUUGGCGCCGAUUCCGAUAACGAGGACGAGGACGGAGGGGCGUUUGCUGAUCGUAAUAUGGGCAUCCAGGCAUUUUCUCCUGGAGACGAUUCUGGAAUGGAUAUGGGCAACCAAGGUUCCAUGGGAUGGGAUGCUUCGCUACCUGGACAGUUUAGUACGCAAGCUGCCCGUUACCCCGGCGGCCCGCCUCGCAAACAAGUUACAAUUGGGGGUACGACGACCGAUUAUUUAGAGUCUGGCGACUGGGAUGGGCAGGCCGGACUACCGCGCUCUCAGUCAUUCCGGUCUGCCGGUGACAGGCGCCAGCAAAAAAUCCCACGCACAGCAUCAACACCAAACACCAACAUGAUCAGUCAUGGGAACCCGUUCGACAAGUUGGCCCAAUCAAACCCGGAUUCUCCGCCGGCGGAUGUCUCGGGGAACGUCUCGGGCUUCUCUUCCGUGGCGCCUAGUCGACCUGCUUCGCCGCCCGGUUCCAAACAUGGCUCUACAAACAACCUGCAAGGUACCGCGGGGAAUCAGGGCGAUGGGAAUGCGCCCACCACCUGUACUAACUGUUUCACACAAACCACGCCUUUAUGGCGUCGUAAUCCAGAGGGACAGCCUCUCUGCAAUGCCUGUGGGCUGUUUUUGAAACUCCACGGAGUCGUGAGACCGCUGAGUUUGAAGACUGAUGUUAUCAAAAAGCGUAAUCGUGGAUCCGGCUCGAGUCUUCCGGUUGGCGGAACGAGUACAAGAUCCAAGAAGAACACUGGUAGUGGGUCAGGUACGGCAUCUGGAUCCGCUUCGCGCAAAAACUCGACGUUAGCCAUGUCCACCGCGACCAAUACAGCGCAAGCGACAACGCCUCCAUCGGCCACGAAUAGGGCCGGUAGUGCCAAUGAGAGUGAGAGCCCGGCGGGUGGUGGCGGUGGCGGAUCUGGUGGUAAUACGGCGGGCAGUACGCCAGCCAGUUUUGCGGGCUCCGCGACGGGUGCGGUGGGCGGUAAAGGGGUCGUCCCGAUUGCGGCAGCCCCCCCGAAGAACGCCCCGGGGCCAGGUGCGGCAUCGAUUCCACGGAAUAUCGGCUCUAGCGGUUCUUCGAAACGUCAGCGACGGAGUAGCAGGAGUACCGGGCCAAACGAAUCUUCCGGCGGCAUGGAUGUUGAUAGUCCAGAGAAUUCUACCGGUUCGAAUGAAGCGGCUCGCUCCAUCGGCUCUUCCAGCGGGUUCACCAGCAUGUCGAAUCCUGGGAACCUAGGCCUUUCCAACAGUUUUGCCAUGACUCAGCGGUCGAUGCUGGGAACCACCAUGAGCGGUGUCUCCGGUGGCUCUAACGGUAUUAUAAAUACUAGCUCUGGGAAUGGCCCGCAGGAAUGGGAAUGGCUAACUAUGAGCCUCUAACCCCGCCCGCACCCAUUCAAUAGCAAUCGCGCCUCAUUUCUAUAACAUUCGUCCAUCAGGUGGAAUGUUAGAACUCACGAGCGACCCAAGUAUCUAUGCAGAUCGGGGAGGUUCUGCGUGGGGUAUAUUUUGAUUUAUAUCGCGAAGGCUCGACUCGUACGACAGGCCGUUUUGAUCUGUCGCCGAUAACGACUUAGGUAUAAAUCGAUGCCGUAUGAAAGACGACUAAUUACGGUAUCUCACAUGCAACACAUACGACGGCAUGGAGCCAUCCAACACCUUUUUCAGUCGGGCAGUCAUUGCCUUUUAUAUCAUUUGGCCACCUUUCCAACGAUCCUCC